AGCGAAUGUCCUAGAAAAAUCUAGGGUUGCAGGUAAUAAUAACAACUCAAGGAAAUGCAGACACAAAACAAAAACAGAUACACCAAAGAAGUGUGACUGAAAUACAAAUUUUCUAGGGUUCGAGAAUCUUGAUUUACACAACAUGGAAACAUCAUCUUGUGAUAUGGAGAUGGACACGGCAAUGGAAACGGAGAAUUCAUCAAACACAACAAAAAUGACCAAUCAGAACAACAUUCAAGAUAGUAGAACUUUACUAUCAAUGGCCCGACAGCUUAUUUCUGAAGGCAGAGCUUCUAUUGCUCUUCAAGCGGUGGUUACAGCAGUGAAGUCAGAAGGAGGUGAUCAAGCUGUAUUCAAUACAUUGCAUCGUGCUCGUGAGUUAUACAGAAACAAGUUGCAAGCAAAUUCUGCUGCGGAUCAACUGGCUUCAUUGUUUGCUGAGUGUGCAAUUGCUGAAGCAAAUCCAUUGGGAGCUGCAUCACCAGUGUCUUACACUGGGCAAAGAGCUUUGAUUGUUACACCAGAUGCUAAUGGGGACUCCAUACUUGCAAAAAGUGGCAGAAAGCAAAUUAUGUUGGAUGCAUUCUCGGAUGGAAGCAGCUUUAUCUGUUUACAGUGUGGAGGGCUUGUGAGUAACAACCGCAAGGAUGAACAUCUGGCGUACUGGUGUUGCAAGAUUUGACUGCUAGCAGGUACAUUGUUUCAAGUGCUUGCUCUUCGUAUAAUGUAAAUGUUGCUAGUAGUCAGUAUAAGAAGAUCAGAGUACAGUGUGUAUCUUUUGUGCAAGAAUGAUAGGUAUCCUGCUUCAAUUGUAGAACUGUAGCACAAGUGUUGUUAACGGAGGGUUUGAUAAACCUUGAAUCUUUCAGAUGCAUUAAGAUUAGAGUCACCGUCUCUAAUAUGUCAAUGGUUAUAUACAGUUUGUUACAUACGUCAGGAGGCCUAUGUUCUAAAUGUGGUAUUUUAUAAAGAAAGAUCAGAUAUUAUAACAAUGUUUCAGCAUCUACUCAA